GCGAAAUACACGGCGAUUGUGAACUUAGAUUUUUUACAUAUCGUGUUUUGUUUUAUUGAUAUGCGAAAUACACGGCGAUUGUGUAUUUAGUUUUUCUACAUAAUUGUGUUUUGUUUUAUUGACACGUGCGCGCAGUGUAAAAUUCAGAAGUUCUUAAUUUUGAAGUACAAAAUACCGUACUCUGGCAACAUGGCGUACGUCGAAACGGUGCUGCGAGGAUGGGGGCUUGGGGAUUAUGUGGACAAAUUUGAAGAUUGAACAAGAUUUUGAAGUAGGCCUACUUCAAAAUGUGGCCAGCAGCAGGUUAUAUCAAAAUUGGAGUAAGACUGCAACCAAACUAAUUGAGUGGUGCCCAAGGAUUGCACCAUAUGCUUUGAAGGACUUACUUGCAGGAGAAGACGACCUUGAGGUAGAUGAACUAAAUACAGAGCAAAAGAACAAUCUAGCCUUUGGCUUGUUACCAGUACUAUUUCCAGGUAGAAGAAAGGGGAAAGGGGGCAGAUAUUCAACCCGGGAAGCACAACUAGGAUUCAUAGAUGUCCAAAAUGAAAACCUUGCACUAGACAAGUUCCUGGAAGAUAUUGUACCUGAAAGUCGACCUCAACCGUUCAUACUAGUCAUUGGGUCUCUCCUUAAACCAGUGCAAAUUUUCAUCAUUGUGGAAAGGCGGGCAUUGGAACAAAGUAGCUUAAUGAAAGCCGUAGAUACAUGCUAUAAAGCAGUGUAUGUCCUGGAUCUAGAAUACCAGCCUCAGUGUUGUGGUGCGUGGGAGUUCCUACAAACAUACAUUUAUGAGAUGAAAGGAGCUGUAAAAUGCAGUGCGAUCAGGGAGUUCAGAAUCUUCGAGACAGCCUAUGAGUCAAUAAUGAAUACCAACAUCUAACUGUCCUCAUGUGAGCUAGCAAGUUUAUUGCCUUUCCAGAUACUUUUGCUUAAGAGAAGUUCCUGUGUUGAUAAAUGUUUUGUUAAACUUUCUCUUUUUUUUUGGAG